AUGUUUUACAGUAAUCAGAUUUUGACCAGCACGCAAUAUGGCGUUUCCACCAUCUGGCUCGUUGCCACCGUUGGCAAGUCCCACCAGAAACGCGUCAACAAGAGGACUAUCCAGGAUGUCGACGUCCCCCGGGCCUGCGACCAGAUUCUCGAUCCGGGCGCCCCUCUGGCCUUGCGCCUCCAGGGCAAUCUCUUAUACGGCGUCUCGCGAGUCUUUGCAGACCAAUGCGGCUACCUCCUCUCCGACACUGAAAAGACGCAAAAUGACAUGAUGACUUUUUUCCGCGCCAUCAAGGCGAGCCACCUCGAUCUGCCAGACACCAAGACCAAGCGCGUGAGCAUUACUCUCCAGGACGAUCCCAACUUUGACCCCAUGAGCCAGCUCCCGCCGCUUGAUCUCAGCAUCAUUGACGCCGACUGGCUCGCGAUACCCAGCCAGGGCUCCGCCACCAAGUUCUCGCAAAUGUCUCCUCUGCAGGCUUACACGAGCAGGCACGGCUCCGUGAACCGCCACACGUCCCACAUCAAUCUUGAGCUCCCACCGUCUUCCCACUCGCCUGGAAGCUACAGGCUACCGUCCCAUCUCGACCAGAGCAGCUCGCCCUAUGCCAAGCUCGGUCACUACGACGACGUGCCCGAGUUUGUCCCAACCAAUGAGGACGAGUUCGACGCCAUUGCAGGCAUCGGCCUGAACUUUGACGGCGACGGCAAUUUGAUCGAAGCUGUGGUAGACGAGCCGGAGCUUCCGCCCUUCUUCGGUGACACGCCCUCCAACAUCUCCAUGCCCGCCUCGGGCGCACAGCAGCAGCUCCCGCCGAUGGAGGACGCCUUCAUCGCAAUGGGCGAGGAGCAGGUGCUCCCCGAUGCGGAAGCGUUCCCAGCGCCGCCACUCGCCACGUCCAAUAAGAACAAGCAGCCCGCGCUGUCCGACGAGGGCGAUACAGUCACCACCACAGAAGUCGAGCAGGCAGCGGCGGCGCCGGCGAAACGCCGCAAGAUCACCCGGCACGUUUUCAUGGCCGACGAGGAUCCGUUCCUGCCGCGCGGAGAACAGAAAUACUGGAUGGAGCACUACGUCGACAUAAUGGCCACUGCCACCAGGCUCCGGGACGGCACCGCGCCCGCCCAAGCCAAGAGAAAUGCAAUCGCAUUUGUCCUGCACAACGGCGUCGCCAACGUGGGCCUCUCAUCCCGAAUGACCGGCGGCAUCGUCCAUCCUCUCGCCGCCCCAUUCAGCGGCUGGAACGUCCUCUCGCAGCUGCAACCCGACGUCUUCGGCCAGCCCGAGCCUCAGACACCGCGUCGCUCGCGCCGCCGCAAGUCCGCCGAGGCCUUUGACGACGAGGCAGCUAUGGAACAGGAGCAGCAGCGCAACGUUCGCCCCCGACACGACUUGGACGACCCUGCUGAAACUGGCCGCGGUCAGCAUGCUGAUGAGAUGCCGCCGCCGCCGCAGCCGCCCAUGCUACCCAGCCAAGACGACUCGUACUUUGAGAUGGGCAUGGACGCGCUCCCGGACAUGGCCGACCACCACUCUUCCUCCGCCAUGCCCUGGAGCCGUCAAGGCUCCGCGGCCCCCGGCUCCUCCGUCCGCGGCGGCGGCCCUCCCGGCAGCGCGCGCAAAGCCGCCGCUUCGAGCCCUCUGCUGCGCAAGAGGACCAACCUCAUCGCGGGCCUCGAUCGCCGCAGCGACCCCGUCGAGCCCCCGACGCCAUCCCAGCUGGUGGCGCUCCACAACCUGUCGGCCCUCGACUCUUCUGCCGUGGACGUGGAUCCCGUGCUCGACUUUGGCGACGCUGCCUAUGCCGGCCUGGACGCGGCCAGCCAGGAAUUUCUCGAUUACGCCUCCAAGCGCGCCGUCGUUCACGGAGACGUUGUUGCAGGGACGGGAAGCGACCGUCGUCGCUGGAUCGACUUUGAGUACAUUGCGAGCCCGCUCAAGCACGACGGCGCCACGGCGGCGCAUGCCUUUUUGCACGUGCUGGCGCUGGCCACGCGCGGUGUCGUCUCGGUUCGUCAGGACAACAAUGAGCAGGGCACGCAGCCGUUUGGUGCCAUUUACGUGGGUAUCAAUCUCUCCCGGGGCGGAGAAGAGUAA